UUCCUUAAUGUCAUGUGGUGUCUUUUGGGUUUACUUGGUAAAAAUGUGAAUGUUUUUGUGUUUCAGUUUCAGUUUCAUUGUCCAACCGUUGUAUGUGCCCAGGUCUGUGCUUCAGUAAAAGUUGCCCGGGCUGCAAAUGACCCCCAGGCCACACUUUGGACAGCACUGAGGGAAGGAAGUCAAAUUAGCAACAGAUGCCUGCAGUAAUCUUGUUCAUUCUCAAUAGAUUAACAAUCCUCCACAUUUUCCUAGAAAAAAACCUUCCCACAGUCAACUCGCCCUGUCCCCCUGAAAAUAUCUCCACUGUCAUAACCUCAUCCCCUUCACUUCCUCCUUCUUCUCCAACCAACCAUCCCCUAACCUCAGAUUGGUUAGCACCAACAGGUGUCCACAACGCAGGCCUCCCAGUACAAACACAUUCCACCCUUUAGUGACUCCCAGGACGGGCACCCAAUCAGGUCGUGGUUUUACCCGUGGAGCCAUGACCACAAAGACACGUAGGGGCAAGAGAGAGAAGUGUUGGACGAGCAGAGUUUGUCACUGAGGAACCAGCUGUAGGAGAUAAUCUGGAUUCAGGGGAAGGUACCGAGGAGUCAGAAAGACUGGGGCCUUUUAUGAGGAUGUAAUGGCUGCCAUUACAGGACAGAUGAGGGUGAAGUUUAACAUGGACACAUUUCUCAUCAUUUGUGGCAUUCUUUUUUUCACCUGUACAGGAGCCUCAGAGACGGAGCGAAGACUCCUUCAGAAGUUGUUCCAGGACUACAACGUGAAAGUCAGGCCAGCUCGUCACUGGAAGGAGAGGGUGAUGGUGCGGGUGGGGAUGACGUUGUCCCAGCUCAUCGGCUUGAAUGAAAAGAACGGCGAGAUGACAACAAACGUGUUCAUGAAUUUGAACUGGACAGACUACAGGUUGUCGUGGAAACCAGAGGAGUACGACAACAUUGCGGUUGUGAGAAUUCCUCCCCACAAGGUGUGGCGUCCUGACAUCUACCUCAUAAACAAUCAUGACGGGCAGUUUGACGUGGCUCUGUACGUUAACGUCUUGGUUUACAGUAACGGUAUGGUCAGUUGGUUGCCACCUGCCAUCUACCGUAGUUCCUGCUCCAUUGAGGUGGCCUAUUUCCCGUUUGACUGGCAAAACUGCAGCAUGGUUUUCCGCUCGUACACCUAUGACGCUUCAGAGGUCGACCUGCAGUUCUAUCUCGAUGAGAAUGGGACAGAGAUCCAAGAGAUUGUCAUUGAUAAGAAUGCUUUCACAGAGAAUGGAGAAUGGGCCAUCUGUCACAGACCUAGCAGAAAGACUAUUGGGGAUGACCUGUAUGAGGACAUCACCUUCUACCUCAUCAUAGAGAGGAAGCCUCUCUUCUACAUAAUCAACAUCAUCGUUCCCUGCAUCCUUACCAGUGUGUUAGCAAUAUUUGUCUUCUACCUGCCUCCUGGAGCAGGGGAGAAAAUGACUCUUUCCAUUUCUGUCCUGAUCGCUCUCACUGUUUUUAUGCUGCUGUUGGCUGACAGAGUCCCCGAGACAUCACUAGGCAUCCCUAUUAUUGUUAACUACGUCAUGUUCACCAUGAUCCUGGUCACCUUCUCAGUCAUCCUGAGCGUGGUGGUCCUCAAUUUGCACCACCGAACGCCGAGCACCCACAUCAUGCCAAACUGGGUUAGAAAGGUGUUCAUCCACAUCCUGCCUAGAUACAUUGGCAUGAUGAGACCAAACCCAGAAGAACCUUUACUGAAGGAAGAGUCUGAAAAGGACGACACACCGUUACGAGGUUUCAAUGGGCGUCAACCUGGAGGAGAGUACUUCUUUCGCAAGAUCAACCCUGAUCUUGUCUUGUCCUGGAGAGGGAGGUGUGAGAGCACAGUGCAGCUCCAGCGGCUCCCGGACUCAGACCGGUUCUGCCUGAUUCUCCCUCCCAACCUGAAGUCAGCCAUCGACGCUGUGACCUACAUAGCUGAGCAGCUGAAGAAGCAGGACACGGAUGACUCGAUGACAGGAGACUGGCAGUUCAUCGCCCUGGUGGUGGACCGUCUCUUCUUAUGGCUGUUUGUCAUCAUCACCACCCUGGGAACCCUGGCAGUGUUCCUGGAUGCUAGUUUUAAUUACACACCGGACAACCCCUUCCCAUAGAGGACAGCAUUCUGCACACAGCCGAACCCUGAAACACGCUGUGUGGUUUUCACCUUAAGCUCCCCAGGUCGGACCUCCCUGGACCAACUGUUCAGUUUGGUUCUGGUCAGCUUGUUUUGUGAAAUUGCCUUUUCUGACAGGUGCCAAAUGUUGAACCAAAUGUUGUGCUAUUUUUCUACAGUUUAUUUAUCCAGUGUGGUUUUAUGACUCCAAAAACUUGAAAUUUGUGAUUCUUGAACUGUACUAUCCUGUAGAAUGAAAUGAAGCUUUGACUGAACACUCACUGGGUGUAGUUUAUAAUAUUAGCCAGCAGAGGGCAGUGAGAAAUUGUAUAGUUGCAGCUAAAGGAACCUCUUUAAAUGUUUGUACAUGCUUUGGUAGAUUGCUUUCCUUUUGGUCUUGUGUUUUAGAAAGCCACGCUCAGAAGUAGGGACGAUAUUAUUACUAUUGUAAUGCUGUUUGUUUGGUGUGCACAUGUCUUUUAUUGGAUUUUAAAUGUUGCUCUGUCAGAUCCAACUGAAAACUGCUGUUUUAAUUAAUAAAAUCCAUAAAGGGA